UAGCCGUGGAGAAUCUCCGCUAUAUGCUUCAAAAAUUUUCUGCCUCUGAACCUAUUUAUCUGGGCUAUGAGCUCAAAUACCCUGGCACCAACUUGUCCUUCAACUAUUGGAAAAGCGGCUACGUGCUGAGCCGAGAGGCCUUAAGGCGUUAUACAGUGGAGGCCAAGAAGUCAGACUCGAAGCAUUGCAUGAAAAUGCAGGGCUUUACAGAGGAUUUGGAGCUUGGGCGCUGUUUAAUGAAUGUGGGCGUGGUCACCGGCGAUACUCGAGAUGAGUUAGGUCACGAGACUUUUAUACCGAUCGUAACCAGCGAACUGUUUAUAAAGGGCUACGAUUAUAUUCCCUGGCUACGGAAUAUGAGUUGGCAUUCAACGGAUUUGCAUACGGUGCCCAUUUCAAGGCGGGCUAUUACAUUUCACGUGUCUUAUCCACCCAGAAUAUUUGAUUUAUAUUACUUUAUGUAUCAUGUACGUAUUUUUGGCAAACCUCUGCGCAAUUCCAUGGAGCUGUUGUCUUACCAGUACAGACCACAAGCCACGGUUCACAGCCGAGGCAGCCAACAUAUCAUCAUCAUCAUCUUUCGAACUGAUUUCAGUACCAGUUUUAAAAUGGGACAGCUCUUAGGCACGCGACGCUUCUUUCUGAGCGGCAAAAAUAAAAUUAGCAUCAUAAAUCCGUGCAGCAGCUACUGUGCGAUGGUCUGCUCCAUACUCCGUGCCAUUCAGAAACUGGCGAUUCUCGGACUGCUCUGUCUGCUGGUCAUGAAGUUGCUGCAAAGGGAUCCAGAGCCAAAAGCUGCAAGGUCUGCUCCGCCCGCAGCGCGUAUCUUUUGCAUUAUCUCCACCUACUACUAUCGUCAAGAGUCGACGGCGGUGCAUGUGAAACGCACCUGGUCCAAGCACUGUGAUAAGUAUCUAUUUGUCAGCGAUGAUGCACACGAGGAGCUGGAGCCCGCCGUUUUUCUGAAUUUGAAUGAUAAAUGGAUGCAAAUGCGUGCUCACUUUGAGUACGUGUACAAAUAUCACUUCGACGAGGGCGAUUGGUUUCUCUAUUCCAAUGAUGAUAACUUUGUCGUGGUGGAGAACCUACGCUACAUGCUGCAGUCCUACAGCCCCAAGGAGCUCAUUUACUUUGGCUGCAAGAUGCGCAAUGCCGCCAACCAGACCUUCAUGUACCAGCGAUCGGGUAUUGUUUUUAGCAGCGCUGCACUUAGGCAAUUCGUCCUGAAGGCCAUGCCUAAUGAGACCAUCUGCAGCUCAAGCCCACAGGGCGACGCUGCAACUGAGCAAUUGGGCCGUUGUCUCAGCAAUGUGAAUGUUCUAGCUGGCGAUAGCCGAGAUCACCUGGGCGAUCACCGUUUUAUACCUUUCGUAUUGAAAGAACACCUGGGCAGACCACUGAAUGCAUCGCUGGAGUAUCACAAAUACUUCCUCGAUCGGUUCUACUACGAUAUACUCGAUCUCAACGUGCCAGCCUCUUCGCGCCUAAUUUGCACAAAAUUCGAAUAUAUGCCACAUAUAUACAACUUUUAUUAUCUAACGUAUCAGGUGAGGAUAUUUGGAGCCUCCGAAGCGAGAGCAUGGAAUGAAGAACUCGAAGGAGUCCAAGCCAAAUUCAAGGUACCACAUGAAAAAUAAAACUAUUCCCGUUAAUCAAAA